UUUUAUCUUCCAAGAAUUUUUGAAGGAAAUGAUGAAAUAAUGGAAAAUGUUCUCAAGACGGUUCGAAUUUAUUGAAUGUUCGUAAUAUUUUAAAUAAUUUGGAUGAUUUUGGAUGAUUAGUUGUAUCGAAAUCGCCAUCGGAAGCUUUACUUUAACGCUGCAUUACAUCUGCAUUGCUUUCUGAGCAUUGUCGUGAAUUUCGUUAGAAUUGGAUUCGAUUUGAACUCCAGAAUAGUGAAUAUACCCGAAUAAUAACAUUCCAUGUUGGAUGAAUAAAGGAUACCGGUAGAAGUCUCUCUACGUUCGUUAUAAUUAUUGAAAUUUGGGCCACUUUCAUUCAGAUGCUGUGAACGAACCUCAAUGUUUAUUCAGUUGAUGUGAUAUGAAACUAUGUUGUGAUUUUUCGUCGUAACACAUUCGUUUGGAAUAUCUACGUGAUUUGUUCAUUCUACCUGUAAUCAAGACGAAUCGAAAACUCAAAAUGGCUGAAAUGGUAUCCAACGUACACGAUCUGAUGUAUCCAAGUCCAGCAUCUCUGAAAGAAAUCUCAUGCCAGGCACUUGUUACCGGAUUAUGGCGCUGGGGAGUCGAAAAUCGUGUGACUGAUGAUUUUAUAUCCGGCCUAGAUAUGCAUAAAAAUCUACCCUUCAAUAUGCCUUCUUCUAUCAAACGCAUGAUCGAAGUAUGCAGCGAGACAUUUAUCGCCUCUGUAAAAGAAUGGUCGGCUUACCAUCGCCGAGAUGACAUUUUCGAGGAUGAAGAUGAAACUGACUUUUUUCUCAAUUUUUAUGAUUUUAUAUGUGAUCGAGACGGCACUGUUCAUUAUACGCAAACAGCUAGAAAAAUGAUGAAGUGUGAUCGACUGAGUGAUGAUGAAAAAUUCAAAAUUGCCUGCUUGUAUUGUUUCGAAGAUGAUAUUAGGCGCCUUUGGCCAUCUGUGUCAGAGAAUAUUGAAAUUACUGAAAUCGAAUUCGAUCGAAGCCCUGAAUUGUUUUAUUGGAUUUGUAUGCUGAGUGAUGAACGGGAUUGGAUACCUAUACCUGACGAUGAAAUCGAUCUUUAUAUGUUAGAAACGUGUGAAUCUAAACAUUGGUCAUCUGUAGAAUAUUUUUGGAACCGAGUCUAUCCAUACCAUCGAUUGUCGGCAACCAUUAACCUAUCUAAUCGCGAGAAUGGAUCGUUCGUCAGGUUUAUUUUGCCAAAAUUAAGUGAUGAAUUGCUCGGCAGGCUUGUGCUUGAAAAAGGCAAUAAACUGAUCUAUGACCUGGUGACCAAAAGUCAGUAUAAACUUUAUGCUCUUCCAACGUGGCUGCGUAUUAGAAAUAAGAUGAACGAAAGUAAUUUCACAAAGCUGGUUGAGUCAUUAAUGAAGGCCGAGACUAAUCAUCAUAUCGCUGAGAAUACCCUCAACGAAAAUUCUAUCAAACUCGGAGAUCGGUCGAGCACCGACGAUCAAACGUAUUUAUGCUGCGAAAUCUGGAGAAGUUCUCCAGAUGAAUGGAAGCAGUCAACGGUGAGAAAUAUUUUAACUCAAGGCCAUCUGUUUGUAAGAAAUACCAUCACACGUACAGAAUAUAGGGAGAUCAGCUUUCUGUUAACAUUGUUGUCGGUUGCAUCGUUCGAAGACCGAAAUGUUUUCUGGAAAAAGAAUUGCCGUAAUUUGAUCGUCGACACUCGUGGAAACGAUUUGCAACGAAUAAUGGAACUGUGCUUCAAAGACGAAAACGAUAUUGCUAAGUUUAAAGAAACCAACAUGUUUGAUUAUGAAAGUAUCAGCGCGUGUUGCAUAAGAGCAUUGGGAAUCGGACAUUUUGAACACGUUGAUGAUAUUUUGAUCUUCUGCUUUCCUGACGCUGAAAAAAGAAUGGAUUCAAAACAGCGCUUAUUACGGUCGUGUGUUUCCGAUGAAUCUUUCGUCUUGAAAAUUAGAGAUUUCUCCAAAUUCGAACUGAUGAAUGAGUUUAUCGACGAUACUUUUGACGAUGCUGAAUAUGCUUCCGAUUUUAAAAAUUGUAUUAUAUCUUUUUGUGCGAUUGAAGACGUUCUACAUCAAUGCAUUCAUUUGGGCUGCGAAUAUUCUUCCGAUCAUUUCAUACGCUUCAUCGAUACAUUUGUAUCAAACGAGGAAGUUAGAAAUUCCUUAAAACAGCGCGUUUUGGAGUAUGUGAGGAAUAGCCUGCUCAAAGUUCGUAUCGGUAAUAUCUCGGCUGAUGAUUUACAAAAAAUUUUAGUUUGGUGCUUGGGCAAUGAAGAAGAAGUUACUAAAUUCAAAAAAUCGGUAAUACCGAUGAGUGAUUCCUCCGCUAAGGUCUAUAACUGGCGGCGAUUCACUCCACUGGACGUAAAAAUUAAUGAUAGGGUUGUCGGUGGAUUUUUGAAAUGGUAUUUCAGAAAUCCCGAAGAAAUCAACGAGUUCAAUGUAGGGUGUUUACCGGUCGGUUUUCAAACUGAGAUAAUCAAACGAUGUGAUGGAUAUUAAUUCGAAUAAUACGAUCAUUUCGUGUGUUAUUGUUUUCUAAGAUUUUUUAUUCAGUGUCAAAAGUUUUUCGAGCUUAAAAAUGUCAUGUGUUGAGUUACUCGAUAUUUUUUUUUGCGACAUUAUUAUUAUUAUGUAUACCUAAGAACUUAGUAUAAUUGUGUUACUUCUUCAAAAUAAAUUUUAAAAUGAUCAGUUCGUUCGUAAAUUAUGGAUAAUAUUAAAUAUUUAUGCAUUACAAAAAGGAUGUUCGUGUCCCUACUAUCCCUCGUCUCAGAAAAACUCCCUGUUUUUCAAAAUGAUCGUUGAGCUUUAUAGUUGACCAUUACAUCAGAGAACGUCAUACAAAACAAGAGCCUUGAGGUAUUAAUAUAAUAGGACACCUUCAACAAUCGAUUCAUCUCCGCCUUCUUUUCAUUGCAACAAAUUUUCUUCUUUAGCUGUGUUGUAUCAUACGAGUAUUUUGCGAGAUUGGAUUUUUUACCUUCUACCCACUCACCCCCUUCCUCUCUUAAUGUUGUCACUUCGGCUAGAAAGCUCACGUUGUAUCAUAUUUUUUCCUCUAUCUGAAAUGAGUCUUGCUGGGAGGCCCAUCUUGUUGAAAAAAAUUUUAAAAUUCAAUUUACCCGAAAUUCUCCACUUGAUGAUUUUUCUUCCUCAAAUAAAAACUGCUCUGUCCUCAAAGCUAUACUUACUUCCUAUAGUGUAGAGCCCUCAAAAACGCAGAAAAUCAAGAAAAAUGAAAUGAGCAAAGUCAUUGACGAUUUUCUUACUUUUCAAUCGUUUUAAUUGCGUCGAAAUUUUUCUAAUAAUCUUUUUUUUUUUAAGGAAAAGCCCCACUCCACAAUUUUAUACCCACGUUUCUUUGUAUAGCAGGGUAUCUAACACUCUAACAGGUAGUGAAAAUGGUGAAAGAAGUGAAAAA